AAGUAUUGUUUUCGUCCCUAACGUCUUGGGUCAAAAUCAAAAUCGUCCCCGACCUUUUUUCGUUAUUAAAAUCAUCCUCAACGUUCAAAAACACUUUAAAAUCAUCAUUUCCCGAAUUCUUGGACCAAAAUACCCUCAUCAUCAUCAUUCUCCUCUUCACCUUCCUCACCCCACCACCUCCACUGCCACCAACAGAAGAAGGCUUCGCCGGCAACCCGACGACACCCAAUCGAAGCUCUCCGCCCUAACAGACGUCACACACAUCUUCUACGUCUCAUGGACUAGACGCCCCACCGAAGCCGAGAAUUGCGAGGUUAACGGCGCCAUGCUCAGAAACGUCCUCCAAACCGUUAUCCCCAAUGCCCCCAAUCUCCGCCACGUGUCCCUCCAGACUGGUGGCAAGCACUACGUAGGUCCCUUCGAGCUCUUCGGCAAGAUCCAACCCCACGAGCCGCCGUUCACGGAGGAUCUACCACGACUCAAGGCCCCCAAUUUCUAUUACACUCAGGAAGACAUCUUGUACGAAGAGACGCAGACAAAGGAUGGUGUUUUUUGGUCGGUGCACCGGCCGCAAGUGAUCUUCGGAUUCUCACCUUACAGCUUGAUGAACAUGGUGGGAACCCUGUGCGUGUAUGCAGCGAUUUGCAAGCACGAGAGGGUUCCGUUGAGAUUCCUUGGAACCAAAUCGGCAUGGGAGGAUUACACGACGGCGUCGGAUGCUGAUUUGAUCACGGAGUAGCAUAUAUAGGAGGCGGUGGACGUGUACGCGAGGAACGAUGCGUUCAAUUGCAGCAACAGGGAUGUGUUCAAGUGGAAGCAUCUGUGGAAGGUGCUGGCGGAGCAGUAUGGGAUCACCGAGUAUGGCUUCGAUGAGGGUUCCGAGAGACUCAAGUUGUCAGAGAAGAAGGCUUCGCCGGUAA